AUGAGGCCAAUUCAAAUGGAAGAUGUGGUGAUAGGACAGUACAAGAGCCACACAAAGGGAGGAGUGUCAUAUCCAGGCUACACCGAUGAUAAAACUGUACCAAAAGACAGUCUGACUCCGACGUUUGCAGCUGCUGCUCUUUUUAUAGACAAUGCAAGAUGGGAUGGUGUGCCUUUUCUAAUGAAAGCUGGCAAAGCACUACACACCAGGAGGGCAGAGAUAAGGGUGCAGUUCAGGCAUGUUCCGGGGAAUUUGUAUAACAGGAAUACUACUGGUUGUGAUCUUGAUAAAGCUACAAACGAGCUUGUGAUCCGUGUCCAACCAGAUGAAGCAAUCUAUUUGAAGAUAAACAAUAAAGUCCCUGGUUUAGGAAUGAGAUUAGAUCGUAGUAACUUGAAUCUUCUGUAUUCCGCAAGGUAUUCAAAGGAGAUACCAGACGCAUAUGAGAGGCUUCUGCUGGAUGCAAUAGAAGGAGAAAGAAGGUUGUUUAUAAGAAGUGACGAGCUUGAUGCAGCAUGGUCACUAUUCACUCCAUUGCUUAAAGAGAUUGAAGAGAAGAAGAGAAUCCCUGAGUACUAUCCUUAUGGGAGUCGUGGUCCAGUUGGUGCUCAUUAUCUAGCUGCUAAGCAUAAGGUUCAAUGGGGUGAUGUCAGCCUUGACCAGUAA